UUGUUGCUUUUGUACUUGCGGUAAUCUUGAAAGAAGGCGAGAAAAGACUCGAAAGGAACGAAGAAGCUAAAAUAUUUCAAAAAAUGCAAGCCAUAAUUAAAUCAAGACCUAAUAAUUUGGUGGUUUGGCUUAUGCUUAUCGGCUGCGUUAUCAUCAACGUUUGUGUUUCAGCCGAAAAUAAUUUGUACCUCUACUACUUACAGCUGGCGUUUGACUUUACAGUCAAAGAAGCUGGACUUUAUUCUGCGUUCCGUUUAAUGUUCAGUGUAGUGAGUACAGCUAUUCUAUCACCGGUGUUCACAAACAUUUUAAAAUGGUCGGACUUCAGAAUCGGUAUUAUUAGUUCAUUUAUGAGUUUUAUUGCGGCAGUUUUAAUGAUAUUUGCGAAGACAGUCGUACAACUGAUUUUAUUUGGUAUGUUAGAUUUUUUAAAAUUAUUUGCCAACACUCUGCCAAUGUCAAUUAUGACUAAGUACGUGAGAAGUGAUGAAGUAGGAAUAUUUGUCAGCUUAUGUUUCAUGGGUGAAUGCCUGUUUCCAAUUUUGCUUUUUUGUAUUUACGAUAUUAUAUUUUCUGCAACUUCAAAUACAAUCCCUGGAGGUUUCUUCGUGGCUAGUGCCGCCAUUAUAUUGCUUGUAUUUUUCUUCUUAUGGAUAUGUUCCUGUAUCUCCACAGAAUCAGUGGAACUUUUGGAAAACGAUUCCUCUCUAAACAACGAUUCUGAAAAACGUGAAGAUGUUAAAACUACAGAAAACAAUGGAAUAAUCGAAAAAUGAUAAGGAGUUGCGUGAUUAAUGGUAAUUUAUUCAUAAAAUAAACAAAAUAGAUAUAUAAGUUAGUUAGUUACUGAAGCAAAGACGUUUUAUAAAGAUUUAUUUAACCAAUAAGUAAAUCAGAAUAAAAUUCUAAAAACCAUAUUAUUGAUAAUUAAAUAUUUCCGCAUUAUUCAGACUAAUCUAUUAUUAUGUGUUUAGCUCCUGUUACUUAAUGCUCUCCUAAUACAAAAUAAAUAAUUUAAACUAAAAAUUUAAAUAAUACAUGUUAUUUAUUUAGCUAAAGGUGGUAGUUUGUUUUAUCUAAGUUACAGCAGUUCUUUUUCGAUAAAUAUAUUAAUUACUGUAUUAAAUGUAAUAUUAUUUUGUGAUAUAAUUAUAAUUAUUAUGAAAUAGAAAACGAUGCACAAUAUAACGAAUAAUGAAAAUAUUAGAAAUAAAAGGCGUAUUUAUUAAAAUAAAUAUAUAUAUGGAAUAAAACGAUGAUUAAUUACCUCAUAUAUGUAUAAUGACUCCUUUACAGAAAGUUCAAUUACAUAUUACAACAAAAUUUAUUAAUAAAAAUCAUAAGAUUUUAUGUACCUUCAAGAAGGCAUAUAAAACACAUUUAAUAAUGUCUAAAGGUAAUGUA